GUUCUAAUAUUAAUGACUGCCGAGGAGACGGCGAAGCAUCUAUGUGGUCCGCCUGACACUUGAUCGAGGGGAGAGAUGCGCCCUUAGCAGCCGCCGCGACGACGGGAAGGGAAGGGCACAGGGAACGCACGAAUCUUUCUCCGCUCUCUCUCCAGCCUGCUUUUGGCCGUUUCUUUUUUUUUUCCUUUUAUUUUUAUCUUUUGCUUUUCUCCUCAUGCGGGAGCCCGUGCGUUUUUACCGCGUAAGAGAGUCCAGAACUGAUCCCUCGUCAACUGCGUGAAAAUAAGAAGACCACACAUUGUUGACUGGUUUUUAUGUUUGCGCGCUGGGUCCCUUUCUCGCUCUCUCCUUCCCUCCCUCCCUCUCUUCUCUCGUCACUGGAUCGGCGCACUUGAUGGGAAUAUAGACAGCACAUACUGCCUCGCAUGCGAUGAUGGUGAUUAGACCCGGUGGGAAUGGACUGGGCUGUGGACUCUGGACGCUAGUAAAGACCACUGAUGAGGACAUUCGUCUUUAAAGAAAGAGCAGACGUUUCAUGGAUACCUAUAAAUGUAUUUCAUACAAGUCCUCUGAGGCAUAAAAGCGCUCCAGACUUUUUUCUUUUUUUUUUUCCCUCUCUCCCUCCUCAUCGGUUCUGCCCGACUGCAACCUUAGCCCCCGAACCCUGACACUAGCUGGCAAAAUUGAGUGACUGGUCAUUACGUUUCAAGGACGUCUACAGAAAAGAAAAGAAAGAAAAACCCUAGGGAGCCCUGUGUUGGAGGCGGCAGGGGCGGCGUUGGCGGAAGGGGUGGUGAGUCAAUCGCCUCAGCAGCUGCAGCAAAUGAUUAAUUAUUUGUGAAGUUAACAGCUCAGACCGCUUAAUCUACAAGGACCAAUUUCUUACGGAAAGGAAUCGGUCCAAUAUGAAGGACGCGUCAUUUAUGGAUUGUCUCUUUGUGGGCUUGGCCAUGGCCUCUUUUGUUGUGGCCACUGAGGUGAGGCCUGAUUGCCCGAAGCUCUGCGUAUGUGAAAUUAGACCCUGGUUUUCACCCAGUUCGGUGUACAUGGAGGCACAGACAGUUGACUGUAAUGACUUGGGACUCUUCAGCCUGCCAGAAAAAUUACCAGUGGGCACACAAGUACUAUUACUGCAAACAAACAAUGUCGCGAAGAUUGACAAGCCCUUGGAUUACCUGGCCAAUAUCACAGAGAUUGAUUUAUCACAAAACAAUCUUUCCUCUAUCAGCGACAUCCGUCUGGGGACCCUUCCUCAGCUGCUAUCUCUUCACUUGGAAGAGAACUGGAUACGGGAGCUACCGCAACAGUGUCUGUCAGAUGUGGCUAACCUUCAGGAGCUCUACAUGAAUCACAACCUCAUCUCGUCCAUUUCCCCGUUGGCCUUCCAGGGUCUCAGCAGCCUUGUCCGACUCCACCUCAACUCCAACAAGCUGAAGGUGAUUAACAGAGAAUGGUUCGAACCCAUGCCGAAUCUGGAGAUCCUGAUGAUUGGUGAAAAUCCCAUUCUUUCGGUUGACGACAUGAACUUCAAACCUCUCAGCAACCUCCGCAGUCUUGUUCUCACCCGAAUGAAUCUGUCUCAACUUCCCGACGACGCGCUGGCUGGUCUCGAUAACUUGGAGAGCAUCUCGUUCUAUGACAACAUUUUCCCUGAGGUGCCUCAUUCCGCUCUGAGAAAUGUAAAAAACCUCAAGUUUUUGGAUCUAAAUAAAAACCCAAUCGCGAGAAUACAGCGAGGGGACUUUGUGGAUAUGCUCCAUCUGAAAGAACUUGGGAUUAACAGCAUGCCAGAGCUAGUUUCCAUCGACAGCUUUGCCCUGAACAACCUCCCCGAGUUGACCAAAAUAGAGGCCACCAACAAUCCUAAACUCUCCUACAUCCACCCGAACGCUUUCUACAAACUACCGCGACUGGAAACCCUUAUGCUAAAUGGCAAUGCUCUCAGUGCUCUACACAGGAUUACUGUCGAAUCUCUCCCAAACCUGAGAGAGGUCAGCAUGCACAGCAACCCCAUCCGUUGUGACUGUGUAGUCCGUUGGAUGAACAUGAACAAGACCAAUAUUCGCUUCAUGGAGCCUGAUUCACUGUACUGUGUAGAGCCACCGGAGUAUGAGGGCCAGCAUGUCCGCCAGGUGCACUUCAGGGAGAUGAUGGAGAUUUGUCUGCCACUAAUCUCUCCUGAAAGCAUGCCGGGGCAUAUUAAAGCACGGAAUGGGAGCUCUGUGUCACUCCAUUGCCGAGCCUUUGCUGAACCAGAGCCAGACAUCUACUGGAUCACCCCAUCUGGUACCCGGGUCCUGCCUAACACAGUGUCUGACAAGUUCUACAUGCACCCAGAGGGAACGUUCGACAUCUACGACGUAACAGAAAACGAAGCUGGUCUUUACACCUGUGUGGCCCAUAACCUGGUGGGAGCCGACCUUAAAUCAGUUUCAGUGGAGGUGAAUGGAUAUUUUCCCCAAGCUGCAAAUGGGUCUCUGAGUGUCCAAGUCAAAUCAGUGGAGACAAACUCCAUUCUGGUUUCUUGGAAGGCUGGACCGGGCACCUUGGCUCCCAACAUUAAAUGGUACACUGUCUCAGACGCUAACCAUCCCACCACAGCGUUUACCACCAGGGUUCCCUCAGACAUCCAGGUGUACAAUCUCACCCACCUCAGCCCCGCCACUCAGUAUAAAGUAUGUGUGGAUAUCCGCAGCAUCCACUACAACCAUGACACCAAAUGUGUCAAUGUCACCACUAAGGGAUUAGAGCUGGCAGCCAAGGACAUAGAAAAAUGGGAUGCUGCAGUAAUCACUGUCUUUGGUGUGCUCUUGGCCGUGAUUUCAGUGGCCUGCCUGCUUAUUUAUGUGUCUCUGAGGAACCACCACCUUUAUGGGGAUAUAAGAAAAUGCGACUCCAAAGCUCUGCUGACACCAGUGGAAGCUACCGGUAUGCACUCUUCUUUCUUUACAAAGCUGUGGGUUUCGGGUAAGGGACUGCCAAGCGGAGUGGAAGUGAAAGCCACAGUCAUAAAUGUAUCUGACAAUGCCUUUUAAGAAGCGCAGCUUUGUAGAGCACCAAACACCAACUACUGAAUGGACAAGGCCAUGCACAGGGGUGGACAAUGUUGUAAAAGUUUUUAAAAGGCCAUUGCUGGUCCCCAGCUCAGAUACACUGGCAAAACUAUUAUUGGACUGGGAUGGAACAGUUUUAAAUAGACUACGUGCUAUCCCAGUUUCGACCCUAGUUGAAAUGUGGCUUUGUAACCAUUACAUUCAACCAAGCUAACAUCAACAGGAAAGGGGUAUUUACUGCAAAAAGAUAUAUUUCAGUACCAUUCAUACAGAAAUGCAGGCAGCAAAAAGAACGUGAAGAUGAUGGAUGAUGAUGAUGAUGUUAAUGAUGAUGAUGACGAUGAUGAUGAUGGUCAACUCUCUUGUAAUUGACUGUUAAAUGUGUUCAGAGUUGUGGAACUGUCCGUGUGGUCCCAAGCAAUACCGUCUGUGCUUUGUCAAAACAUCCAUAGACGAGUUAGAGAACCAGUAACAACACCUGUCUAUUAUGGGAAGGGAGAUUCAGUAGAGUAGACAAAUAACAGUGACUACGGUGUAAGCCUUUUGAUGAAAUAUACCCCCCCCUUUUCUAUUUAAAAUGGAUUCUUGAUUUUUCAUGGAAAUAUUGUUAUAUAUUCUAUUAUGUUGAUGUAAUGACAAAUCCUCUGUAUGUGAACAGUCUAAAUGGGUUUUAAAUUGAGGCAAGGAGCGGGCUACUUUUGAUUACAACGUCACAUUAAGCUUAAUGAAAUUUCAGCUCCAAAAUGGGUAUCUAGAGAGGUUAUUUGCCAAAUGGCUGUUUAUGCUUUGUAGUUCUCAUUGCAACGGUGACUGGGAGAGAAAAUGCAAAUACGUCGGGACAAUAAACAAAUAUAACAGGUUCAUUAAAACCGAGGUGAGUGAUGUGCCAUCUCCUCAAGAAGUGGUCUGUUAAGCCCUUGGUAAGUGCCUACAACAAGAACUACAUGAGGUAAACGGGAAGGAGACGGAAGACGUUCGUCAGCCACAGCGAAACAUAAGUCAUGUCAUCAUCGCAGAAUCACAAGCUAUUCUCCAGUACUUUUAGUGGAAAUACUUUCUCAGUAUUUUUAGCAUACAUAUUUUAAGAAAACAUUUUGUUGUUGCUUUGGGUGUAAAGUUAAAAAGCCAUUUUUAUAUUAACUGUAUUAUAUGUGAUCAAUGGGCACAACAGACUAAUUAAGAAAAGCGCUAAGAAAAAAAAAUAAAUGUCAUUGUUCCUUUUACAAA